GUAGUAAUCGAAGGGAAAUCUACCUUGUAAUUUGUAGUGUUAAUUGCAAGCUUUGGUGCUAUUAUAUUGUCGAUAUCAGUCGAUAGUCAUGUACUAUAGUAGACGUUUAACUCACAGAUGGAAGCAAUGGGAGUGAAUUUUUCCACGGAACAAAGUUGGACCUGCAAGCAAUGUACAUUGAUAAACACGGGACGAAAUCCCACCUGUUCUGCUUGUGGUUAUCGUAAACAGCCAACUGUUAGUGCAUGGACGUGUAAAGUUUGUGGUUCUCGCAAUCCACAGACGGUAGUUCUUUGCAAUCAUUGUGGAUCGGACAGGAUAAAAUCUCCUCGUAACUGUGAUCACAAUGGAAAACAAUGGACAUGUCCUCGGUGCACGUUGACAAAUCCAUGGACAGCUAGCAUCUGCUCUGCUUGUCAGCUCGAUCCCUCGCUAGUUAUGGCAGAUUCUUCAGCAAGUCGCGGAUCUUCUGCCAAGGAAAGGCUCUACCCUGAUUUGUCACUUCAAUUACAUCCAGUUAUUGCUCAACAAAGCCCGGAGGUUCUCAAAUGUCCCAAAUGCCAAAGUUUAUUAUACGACAAUGUCGGAGUGUAUUGCACAGUUUGUCAUUCUCCGUGUCCUGAAGAAGGUUUUAAACCGAGACCAUUUCCCAAAUCCUCUGUACCUCAUGUGUCUAAAGAUAUUGAUGACAGCCACUGGAGUUGCUCUGGCUGUACUUUAGAUAACAAAGCUUCUAAUUCAGUCUGCGAGGUUUGCGGAAGGGCUCGUGAUGUUGGACCUAACCGCAGCAAUUCAGGAGAAACUUCUGAUUCAACAGGUUCUGGUGUUGUGGAUCCUGGCUGGUCUUGUCCAACUUGUACUCUCUUCAAUUCAUCAAAUGUUGCUAUGUGUAGUGCAUGUGGUUCAAAAAGAGACAGCGGUGCAAGUCAUGGAGAAGCCUCUCAACCGUCACCCUCAACCAGCCCCAGUAAAACAAUGAAGCGCCAGAAAAGUAUACCUGUGGAGUCCAGGAGAAUGCGUGACGAGAAGCAGGCUAAAGAACAGUGGAUCAACAUUGUGCAAUACUGUAACAGUCAAAGUAUCCAGUUUAUAGAUGACUCCUUCCCACCUGCUGAAAAGUCUCUCUAUCUGGAGCCACGGUUCUCUGAACACCCUCGCGUAGCAGAAUGGAGGCGUCCUCAGCACAUCACCUCAUUUGGAGGUGGGCGUGGCACAGCUUCAAUUGCACUGGCAGUUUUCCGCAGUCCAAGGCCCGAUGACAUUAUGCAAGGGGUUCUGGGUGACUGCUGGUUUCUGAGUGCUAUGGCUGUCUUGGGCGAAAGACCUGAGCUCCUGGAAAAAAUUGUGAUAACAAGAGAGAUCAAUCCAGAGGGAGCAUACCAAGUUCGACUUUGUAAAGAUGGAAAAUGGACAGUAAUUUUGGUUGAUGACCUCUUACCUUGUGAUUGCCAUGGACAACCUGUUUAUUCACAGGCUCGUCGUCGGCAGCUAUGGGUUCCAUUAAUUGAGAAGGCCAUGGCCAAACUUCAUGGUUGUUACCAGGCUCUUACUGCUGGUCGCUGCAUAGAAGGCCUUGCUACUUUGACAGGAGCUCCAUGUCAGAGUUUUAUGUUGCAUGCGCCUCAAAACCCCACAAGCGACACAGAACCUAUAGAUAAAGACAUGAUCUGGGCACAGCUUCUGAGCUGUAGAAGUGCUGGGUUUCUUAUGGGGGCAUCCUGUGGUGGAGAUACAAAACCGGAAGAAGAACCCGUUUUUGCAGCAGUUGGUCUGCAAACGCAUCACGCUUACUCCGUGCUUGAUGUAAAGGAUGUUCAUGGCAUAAGACUCGUUCGCCUUCGUAACCCUUGGGGUCGCUUCUCGUGGACUGGUGACUGGUCUGAUGCAUCCCCUCUGUGGACCCCUGAGUUGAGAUAUGAACUCAUGGCCCAUGGGUCUGAGGAAGGAGUCUUCUGGAUGUCCCUUGAGGACUUCAUGAAGUACUUUGACAGUGUGGACGUGUGCAAGCUCAGGGAGGGCUGGGCCGAGGCCCGUGUCAAUGGAUGUUUUCCGGCGUUUGCAGGUCCCCCAGCUAAGGUUGCUUUGGUGAACGUGUUUUCUACCACUGAUGUUGACUUUUGCCUGUUCCAAGAAGGAGUCAGGGGAAAGGCGGAAGGUGUGAAAUCUCUGCUUGACCUGUCAAUCAUUGUGUGUCGCACGUCAUCCGGGACUCUGAGUCCCAGACCCCUCUCGCUCGUCUGUCACAGCAGGAGACAGGUGAAGUCUGAUGUUUCAUGUAACGGUAUUCUGGAAGAAGGAACUUACAUGAUAGUUUGCUCAGCGUUCAAUCACUGGCAGUCGUUGGAAGCAAGAAGCAAUGAAGUAGCAGGAGCCUCAUUCGUCAAAGGACUUGUAGAUGAAGAACUUUUCCCAAACUAUGUGCUGGCAGUGCACAGCUCUCGCGCGGUCAUGGUGGAGCAAGUACCAAUGGCAGACUUCUGUUUGGCUGAUACGCUUUUGUUAUUGGCCACGUCAAAAGGAAAACGACAUGAGGGUAUUCCCGGAGUCACGUGUUACUACAUGGCGCAAGGAAUUGCGGGAUUGAUAGUUGUAGCGGAAAACCGCCGACCCGAACACCACUUGCUCGUGGACUGUGACUGUUCAGAGAGCUUUAACGUGGUGUCAUCCAGAGGAGUGCUCAUGACCACUGACUGUGUUCCACCCCUCCAUACGCAGAUACUUGUUCUUUUGACGCAGCUGGAAGGAACAGACGGUUUCGCCGUGUCUCAUAAACUCAGCUUUCGGAUCUUGCCCGAUAAUGGUUUUGGAGCAUACGGAGCUCAUCACACGCCACAGCUGACACCAGAACUGUUUGGAUUACACAGCGCACGGCCUUUAUGACGAAGGGGUUGAUGACGUCAUGGACUCAAAACACCUGCAUGUAAAAUGUGCCAAGUCAGGGGGAAACUCUCUAACCAGGCGAAGUUACUGAUCCCGAAGAUAACAAAGCUGUCCUUUUCUAGUUCAAAAGCUUGUCUGUGAAAGCUAAUUGUUGCUACAACCGUGGACAGAAUAUCUGACAAAAUGUUUGAAAUACUGUGUGAAUUUUCUGUCGAUGUAAUCGAUAGGUUUACUGGAAGAUCGUGACAAUUCCCUCGAUAUUCGCAAUUCAUUAUGAUGGGGAAUGUAAACGGGAUUUGGUCUAAGGAAGCUGGCCUUCUUUCCGUUUUAUUUAUUGUUUUAUUUUUCAGAAGCGUCUAAAAACGAAAUAGAGAUGUAAAAAUUGUAACAGUCAUGUUGUGAACCAUGUUAAGUUACAUGAAGCCAUAUGAAAUAGGGCUCAAUUCAAUUUUUUUGUGACUAUGACAUGUAUGAAUUAAAAUAGGGACACUCAUGAAAGUUUGGGAGAACUAGAAAUAGUUGUGGGAACACUUGCCUGUGGCUGGUGGCCUCACAGUGUUUCUCGUUCUCACAAACUUCCACUCGCGUUACUAAAACGUAGAUGGAAACAUGGAAACGUUUUAUAUUUUAAAUAUUAAUUAGUUGGGGGAGAUAUGCAAAGCCAAGGAAGUAAGAAUGAAAAGAAGAGGUCUCAACCACUGACUAUUGCAAGUGUUAAUCGCAAGUUGUAUUAAAUGACAUUUUAGUUGAAUAAAUUUUAUUUAACUCAUUGUA